UAUCUUUCAGCUAUUUUCAAGCUGCCCAUGAACACUCAAGAGUGUUGAGCCUCAGUCCUUCGCUCUCAUUUUGUGUGUAGACCAUGACAGUUUCAGCAGCUCUACAGUUGCACUAUUCAAUUGGCAGUGCUGCAAGUGGGUUGAUGAGAUGGUUCCCUAAAAUGUCCCGAGGAAAUGGCACAGUCCUAUAUAUCUCCUUUGUUUUUUAAAAAAACUCCUAUCAUCAGCACUGUCGAGGUGGGAAAUUUUCUGUUUGGCUGUUUGAUUUAACACGCCAUUCAGGCAACUGGAAGAUCCAGCGCCCCCUGAGAUCUGCAAGGAACUCUGGUCCCACGCUUUCCUUUAUCCUCUCUAUUUGUUCUCACAAAUGAACAUCCACAUGGGAGAGCAGAACUAGGGGAGAAAAUCUGAUGUUAAUGUAACUGAGGGUGUCAUCUUUAUCACUGCAAAACUGUGGGUGCACAGGCAGAGAAGAUAAUGGAUCCAGUACCUUUAUAAUGGUUUCUAGCAGAAGUGCUGUCCUGGGAGGCCCCUCUGUUCCCGGGCUCCUUCAUGACAAAGGUCUGUCUUUGCAGCUGAGCGAUGCUGCCUGUCUGGGUGGGAUCUCAUGGAGCUGCGGGAGCAUCACCUGCUCUUUCUGGCUCCCACCAUCCUUUUUGCCAGCUCCUCCUACAGCCUUUUGUGGCAAAUGUUUUCUUAGUAAAGGGUGACUUGUCCUCCUUGUUUGCAAGUGGAUACUCUGUACCUGGGAAUGAUCUGCAUCAUGUAUGACAGUUUGGUAAUAUUUAUACUGACAAGCCCAUAACAAUGGUGUUGAUGUCCCUUUUCACCUUUCUGUAACGAGAUGAGACAGACACCCUCUUGCUAAUUGUGUUAAAAUAUGGUGGGCUUUAUCUUGCCCUCUGCAGUCACAGCAACCCUUGACCACCCCCAGCUGUGAAAAAGUGACUGUUUCAAUGUCUAGGGGGGCACACCCAUGACACUUGGAGUUAGGAUCUAGGAGCCCAAGACUGAUCUACCCCCUUGUCCUGAGGUGAAAGAACAAGCGGUGAUGAUGAUGGCAGGGUUCCGUCCCCUCAACCUAGGGGUCAUCAGCGUAGUGGCAUAGCAGAGCUCAUACAAAUCUUUUUUCUCUCUCUAAACAAGUUUACCGGAGGGCAGGACACUCUGCAUUAGCUGCCCAUCUUGUGUUCUUGAUUCUUUUUCUUCUUGUGAGCACAAAAUAGCCAUGUGUACAGCUAGGUUUGGAGAAAGGAGUGGCUGAGGUACUGAGAGUGUGCUCCUCAGAUUACUUAGCUUGUUAUUGACAGGUAUGUCAAUAUUGUUAUUACUUUUAGCUUAGUAUUGACAGGUACAUUAUUUAAAGUUCUAUUUCAGUGCACGUAGGAAGGGAUGGCGUACAGAUGGUCUGUUGUUUGCCAGUUCUGCUCAUCUCUUCUCCAUGCAUCAAUUCAACUUGCUAAUUGCAGUGUUGAAACACAAUUUGAUCACCUGGAUCACUCCGCUCCGAGUCAAACCAGGUUAAUAAAACUGGUGACCAAGGGUUUGCAGAAACCUUCUGUCUGGAAAAGUGUGUGGUGCUGUAGCAUGGCUCAUAUUCCUCUUAGCAAUGACUGCCUUUCAGUAUCAGCUGAAGGAAACACAGUAAGGCAAUUGAACGCUUUCCAGCGUGCCCCAGAUUUGCUACAAGUGAACACCCAAGAGAAACCGGGUUUAAACUAUUCUGAUAAUGGGAACUCAAGGAGCUUUUUCAAGUUGACUUUGGGGAGUGACAUCACAAGGCUUGAACAAGCUGUGGUUGAGAGGACACCAAGAUGGGAAGGAAAGGAGGAGCGGAAGAAAAUGAUGAAACCAGUUGCCAGGGUGGAGGAAGCCAAAGAGAAUCUGACUGUGAAACUAUCCCCGCGGUUGGAGAGAAUCAAGAAGACAACAGUGAAAACAGUCCCUAGGGUACAGGGGAAUAAGGAGAAAACAACAGUGAGACCAGCCCCAGAGGGGGAAGAAGCCAAGGAAAAGAGAUUAGUGACACCACUUUCCAGGGUGGAGGGAGCCAAGGAGAAGGCAACAGUGAAACCAUCCUCUGGGGUGAAGGGAGCUCCUGAAAACAACAUAUCCAAAGACCAAACAAAGCCAAAAUUGCCUCCUGCAUCAGUGAAAACUGUAAGACCUGUUCCAAGGGCUGCUGCAGUGACAGAAAAGAAGACACUGAGGGCUGCUGACUUCAAGUCUGAGCCGCGGUGGGAUUUUGAGGACAAGUAUCUGUUGGACAAGUCAUCUCCACCAUCGACCUGCUCUGAAUCAGUGAAAGCCAAAGCUGCCAAGUCUGACUGGCUGCGAGAUCUUUUCCUGCCCAACAUCAUGCUCUUCACAGACAAGAGAUACUUCAAUGACAGUGAGUGGAACCGCCUGGAACAUUUUGCACCUCCAUAUGGCUUCAUGGAGCUGAAUCGUUCACUGGUGGAGGAGGUCAUGUCCCUGCUGCCCCCGAAUCCUCACCAGCAGCUGCUCCUGGCCAACAGCAACAGCAGCACACCGACAUGUAUCAGCUGUGCUGUUGUGGGGAAUGGAGGAAUAUUGAAUAACUCUGGGAUGGGCCAGGAGAUUGACUCCCAUGACUAUGUCUUCCGGGUGAGCGGAGCUGUAAUCAAAGGUUAUGAAAAAGAUGUGGGAACAAAAACCUCCUUUUAUGGAUUCACAGCCUACUCCCUAGUGACCUCUCUCCAGAUCUUGGGGCACAGAGGGUUCAGCAACAUCCCACGGGGAAAACAUGUCAGGUACAUUCACUUCCUGGAGGGAGCUAGAGACUAUGAAUGGAUGAAGGCUCUUCUGCUGAACAAGAACAUCAGCAAAGGAUUCUUGAGCGACUAUGGGCAUAGGCCCCGGGAGAGAUUUGAUAAAGAUUUCACAAUGGAGAAAUACCUGGUGGUUCACCCUGAUUUCCUCAGAUACAUGAAAAACAGGUUUUUAAAAUCUAAAACUCUGGAAAAGCCCUACUGGCGGCUGUACAGACCCACAACAGGGGCCUUCCUGCUGCUGACAGCCCUCCACCUCUGUGACCGGGUGAGCGCCUAUGGCUACAUCACGGAGGGUCAUGAGAAGUACUCGGAUCACUACUAUGACAAGGACUGGAAACGUCUGAUUUUCUACACUAACCAUGACUUCAACCUGGAGAAGCAGGUGUGGAAAAAGCUUCACGAUGAGAACAUCAUGAAGCUUUACCAGAGAUCCUGAUUGUGUGGCAAGGGCCAUUGCCUGGGAAAUCUCAACACUACCUCACUGGGAACAGAAGAGGACCACCAGAGCCAAGGUUAGCUCUGGACUUCCAGGCACAUUUCAUCCUCACAAAGAUAUUUCCCUCCUUCAGCACCUCUGUUCUCUUACAAUGUUUCUACAAAUGUGCAAAUGCUACAAGAGCAGAAGAGCAGCAAGAAAAUGCAGCACGCCAAGAAACAAGUCCCAUCUGUCUAUGCUGCAAGACUGUUGCUGAUGGUUGUAGGCACUGGUAUUGGGAAAGAAGAAUCCGGGAUGGAUCUGGGUAGCAUAUGGUCCAGUGUCCUGUAUCUUCGUCCAGGUUGUCUCUCUUUGCAAGGAGGUGCUCCUCAGGCUGGGGCUACUUCUGUUAUGGGUAGAUCCUCUCUGUUAGUGGUGCUCGUUCUUGGAGUUGGGUGUAUUGUCUAAGCAAGCUCCCUCUGCAGCCAGUGGAUGGAGGUGGACACACACAUCCUGUCUCAGGUUGACUUAAUGCCUGGAGGUGCUGCUUUCACUCUCCUCUCUGCAAAUAAAAGGGAUGGACUGGACACUUCCAGGUGACUAAUUUGAGAGGGAAUGUGUCUUGCUUCUGCUUCCCAGUGUGGCCUCAUCAUGACACCUCUGAAGGAGCACCACCAUCAGCUCAAGGACAGGUAAAUGCUUUCCAUGGUGCAGCAGGCAUGCUGGACUUGGUGCCUCUUGCUCUGGGGCUCCCCUGGCUGCAGGACACGUGAACGUGAUGUCACAGUCCUGGUGUGCCGAGUCUCUGCUUAGCUGGGCUUUGGCAUGCUUGGCUCCCAGCUAUGCCACGAGGGUUGUGCUUGCUCUCUUGCCAAGGGAGAUCCUCCAAGUCCAGGGAUGGAUGCUGUCUGUCCUCACUGCUGGCUGGCAUGCCUGUCCCCCAUCGUGCUGAGAGGGACCUGGUUGCAGCCAGCAAGCCUGCAGCAUAUUUGCCUUCUGAAAGGGGUUUUGCAAGUAAAAUAAAUGGCACUACUUUGGCCAAGCU